AUGGUUCAAACCCUUUUGGACUUGGGCGCAGAUCCCAACGAAAAGGAUUACGCCGGGUGGACUCCUCUCCAUGAAGCUGCACUACGAGGCCAAAUUGAUGUGAUUAAGCUUUUGAUCAAACAUGGUGCGGAUGUGAACGCGAGAGGAGGAGAAGAGCUGGAUACACCUCUACACGAUGCUACAGAGAACAACCAUUGUGAUGUUGUUGAAUUGUUAUUGGAAAACGGUGCCAACCCAUUUGCUAAAAAUGCAAGUAAUUUAGAACCACUGGAUAUUGCAAUC